CAAGGUUAAUUUAGUGAGCAUUCUCAAAUGCUCUGGACUUUAUGUAAGAAAGAGGAAGAGUAUAUCUAUAUGUAUCAGAUAUUGGUGAAACCAUACUGGAAAACAUCGUAUCUCAGAUAUGUCUGAAGAGGUUAUGGAGUUGUCAGCAGAGAAUUCAUCAGUCUCAGGAUUCAAGGAAGAGUCUUCUGAACAUUCGCCAUCUGAGAAGUGGUUAAAAACCAGCAAAGUUACUCCAUUUAUACAACUGGAUAUUCAACCUGAGUUCAUUGAACAAACUAAAUCAGACCAUCUUGGAUAUGGCCACAGCCACCACACUCCUGAAGCUGGUGAAAAACAUCAUGCAAUAACCAAUACAGAAAAGACAUACACUAUCACCAGAAGAAAAGAAAAGCUAUCGAGUAUUCUACUUCCACUGUCUGCAGCUUCAUACUAUACUGGAGUAUCACCGGAAAUGGAAAUUGUUGAAUCAUGUCAAACCAUUGAAAAGCUAAACGCAUAUUUGAAAGCAAAAAAGGAUGAUGUCAAUGCUGGUGUACCAGGCAAAUUCUUGCGUGUAGUAAUGGGUUCAGAUGGUGUUGAUGUAGGAACUGUGGCUUCAAUCAUCACGUAUUCCUUCUACCUAGAUGUAACUUCAGAGAGCGAUCAGUUCUGCACAGUACCAAUCAUUAACAUCAACCGGGCAAAUCUUGCUUCGCAUGUUGAACUCAAGUGGUUGCUUGAUUCAUGUCAUAUUGAUCAGUCAUCAUUAAUUUUUGCAGAUGAGAUUGAUUUGGGUUACUAUGAUCUAUUUGGAAGUCUUAACAUCGUGCUGUUGAAGGGAAGCAAGAUUAACAGUAAGCAAGAGAAAUUGAAGCAUGCUGUGGUUGAAAAUUUUCACUGCAGAAAGGGUGAUACAAUAUAUCCAUGGGUUAAAACUGUCAUCACAGGCGAGGAAUUCUCUUGUUGCACGGCCAUAGCAGACAAAUUUGUAAAUUAUUCGCCUGAAAUUUUGGCUGGCAAAUCAUUCAGUAAAUUUCUGCUAGCUGGCAUUCUUUUGGAUACUGCGAAUCUAAGGGACCCUAGCUGCACCUCCAAAGAUAAGUACACGGCUUCAUUACUGAUCAAUGGUGCUGGUCGUUAUGGAUGCAAUGGCUUUUACCAAUUAUUGAAGUACAAAAUGCAUGACCUUUCCUCCCUCCAAGUAGCAGAUAUAUUGUGGAAGGACUUCAAAAAGUGGACAGGACAAGAGAGUGGAGAUUCAAGGUCAUUGCAAAUUGGCAUGAGUUGCGUAGGACUUUCAAUCGGACAGCUUCUUUCUCGCGCAGAAAAUCUUGCACAAGAAAUAACAAGCUUUCAGUUGUAUGAGAAACUUCGAGCACUUAUUGUGGUCACGGGGUACUUUACUGAUGAAAAGAACUUCAAGAGAGAAGUUUUGAUUUGCACGGAAUCUACGAAGCUGUUAGAGAGUUUGCUCUUUUUCUUCGAUUUUAAUGCUUCCCGGCUGCCACUCAAAGCUUUGCACUUUCCAGGUCUGAAGAAUGAGAUGAAAGCGUACGAGAUCGAUAAGGUUACAUCAAGAAAAAUAGUUGAACAUCUCAUACAAGAGUUCGUUGGGAUACCAAAACCCUAGCUACCAAAUUACUUCUUUAUAACAAAACAAGAUUCUCUACACUGCAUUGCUCUUUCAUUAUCUAAACAGAACAGAAAGGGAAAAUUAACUUAUACUGCAGCGCAGCCACGAUGUUUUUACGUGCAAUGAUUACAUUAAAGAGAGUGAAAAAGCAGCACAGAAAUAACAGAAGAAAUGAAGAAAAAGGCCUUAUUGUUUAAUUGAGCUUGAACUUAU